CAUCCUGCAACUGAGGGAAUUAUGUUCCGGUUCAUGAGAGAUGGGGAGCCGGAAGAUCCGAUGUUUGUAAUGGACCCUCUCGCCAUCCACCACCAGCAUGUGAACCGUGUGCUCUCGGGUGGCUUUGGCUAUGGCCCCUUCCUCAGCAUCGGUAACGGGACCGUACCUGCAGCUCGCCAGGCAAGCCGUAGGAUGCAGGCAGGAGCUGUUUCGCCUUUUGGGAUGCUGGGAAUGGCAGGUGGCUUCAUGGACAUGUUUGGCAUGAUGAACGACAUGAUUGGAAACAUGGAGCACAUGACCAGUGGAGCCAACUGCCAGACGUUUACCUCCUCGACUGUCAUAUCGUACUCAAACCUGGGCGAAGGGCCUAAAGUUUACCAGGAGACGUCAGAGACGCGCUCUGCACCGGGCGGGAUCCGGGAGACAAGGCGGACGGUACGAGACUCGGACAGCGGCCUGGAGCAGAUGUCGAUCGGGCACCACAUCCGGGAGAGGGCACACAUCAUGCAGCGCUCGCGUAACCACCGCACGGGGGACCAAGAGGAGAGGCAAGACUACAUCAACCUUGAUGAAAGCGACGCAGCCGCAUUCGACGACGAGUGGAGACGAGAGACGUCCCGCUACCGGACGCAGAGAGGACUGGAUUACCGGCGUCAUGAGGGAAGCAACGGCCGCCGGGCGGAGGGGACCCGUCUCGCUAUUCAGGGACCAGAGGAGUCGCCGACCAGACAGUCCCGCCGGUACGACUGGUGAAUCCAGAGCAGACUUAAGGGGGGGUGCGAUGCGGUCACCCCCAAAUCUACCUUCAUGUUCUUGUAAGUCUUAACGGUUGCCCCUCACGCGCACGCUGUGCCAGUGUAUGAUUUCCCCGGCCCCAGUAUUCUCCCAGGCUCCUCAGAGGAGCUGCCGGGGUGGCCACUCUCGGUAUGACAUGACUUUAUUUUGGUGCACGUCUGUAGUCCUUGUUUUUUAAGGUCUCCUUAAUCAUAUCAUGCUAGCCCAGGUGUGUGUGGGGGGGAAACAGUGCCUAAAUACACGCACCCCCCUCUCCCACACGCCCCCGCUACAAUGGCAAACUGAGCUUCAGGACUUGUACGGCAGGAGAGAUUUAAGUGCGUUUCCAGCAAACCUGACUAAAAUGUGAUUAAACAGAAGGCGGAGAUUUCUUUGGAAGGUGGUUGGUGGCUCUUUUGUUUUUUUACGUUCUUCCCUUUCGUUUGCGAGAGGCAGAUGUGUGGGGGAACCGGUGAGAAUGAAGGCUUAUUUGCGAGGGGGUUGGACGUUUUUGUUCGGGGGAAGGUUCUCUGUACAACAAAAUAAAAUGUUGAGAGGAAAAACCUCCGAUAUGUGGAUUAACCUGCUGGCUCGCUGGUGUAAUUUUGUGUCGGAAGCGAAGCACGUUGGUGUCCCGUGUGGCCCUUGGACAAGGAAGCCAUCGGACAACUCCGCGCACGUCACUCUGUGCUAUACGGAAAACCAAGGUGCCUUACAGCAAUGGGUGC